AUGGAGGUUCAGUUAGGGCUAGGGAGGGUCUAUCCCCGGCCGCCAUCCAAGACCUAUCGAGGAGCUUUCCAGAACCUGUUCCAGAGCGUGCGCGAAGUGAUCCAGAACCCGGGCCCACGGCACCCUGAGGCCGCGAGCGCAGCACCUCCCGGCGCCCGUUUGCAGCAGCAGCAGCAGCAGCAGCAGGAGACCAGUUCUGGGCAGCAGCAGCAGCAACAACAGCAGCAGGGUGACGAUGGCUCUCCCCAAGCCCAGAGAAGAGGCCCCACAGGUUACCUGGCCCUGGACGAGGAACAGCAGCCUUCCCAACAACAGUCAGCCCCCAAGGGCCAUCCGGAGAGCGGCUGCGUUCCAGAGCCUGGAGCUGCUUCAGCCACCGGCAAGGGGCUGCAACAGCAGCAGCCAGCACCACCGGACGAGGAUGACUCAGCUGCCCCAUCCACGUUGUCCCUGCUGGGCCCCACUUUCCCGGGCUUAAGUAGCUGUUCCACCGAUCUUAAAGACAUCCUGAGCGAGGCCGGCACCAUGCAACUCCUGCAGCAGCAGCAGGAGGUAGUAUCCGAAGGUAGCAGCAGCGGGAGAGCGAGGGAGGCCGCUGGUGCUCCCACCUCCUCCAAGGACAGUUACCUAGGGGGCAGUUCGACCAUCUCGGACAGCGCCAAGGAGUUGUGUAAGGCAGUGUCGGUGUCCAUGGGCUUGGGUGUGGAGACAUUAGAGCAUCUGAGUCCUGGGGAACAGCUUCGGGGGGAUUGCAUGUAUGCCCCAAUCCUGGGAGGUCCGCCCGCGGUACGUCCCUGCGCCCCGCUGGCCGAAUGCAAAGGUUCUCUGCUGGAUGACGGCGCAAGCAAGGGCACGGAAGAAACUGCUGAGUAUUCUCCUUUCAAGGCAGGUUAUGCCAAAGGGUUGGAUGGCGACAGCCUGGGUUGUUCGGGCACGAGCGAAGCCGGGGGCUCCGGAACACUUGAGCUGCCAUCCACCCUUUCUCUCUACAAGUCGGGAGCACUAGAUGAAGCGGCGGCUUAUCAGAAUCGCGACUACUACAACUUUCCGCUCGCGCUAGCCGGGCCUCCGCCCCCUCCGCUCCCUCCGCUCCCUCCCCAUCCUCACGCCCGCAUCAAGCUGGAAAACCCGCUGGACUACGGUAGCGCCUGGGCGGCUGCUGCGGCACAAUGCCGUUACGGAGAUCUGUCGAGCCUGCAUGGUGGGGGUGCAGCGGGACCCAGCUCAGGAUCACCCUCCGCCACCGCCUCCUCUUCCUGGCACACUCUCUUCACAGCCGAAGAAGGCCAGCUGUAUGGGCCCUGCGGCGGGAGCGGAGGCGGCAGCGCUGGCGAGGCAGGGUCUGUAGCCCCCUAUGGCUACACUCGGCCACCUCAGGGGUUGGCAGGCCAGGAAGGUGACUUCCCGCCACCUGAUGUGUGGUAUCCCGGCGGUGUGGUGAACAGAGUUCCCUAUCCAAGUCCCAGCUGUGUCAAAAGCGAGAUGGGCCCCUGGAUGGAGAGUUACUCUGGACCCUAUGGGGACAUGCGUUUGGAGACUGCCAGAGAUCAUGUUCUACCCAUUGACUAUUACUUCCCACCCCAGAAGACCUGCCUGAUUUGUGGCGAUGAAGCUUCUGGCUGUCACUAUGGAGCUCUCACUUGUGGAAGCUGCAAAGUCUUCUUUAAAAGGGCUGCUGAAGGUAAACAGAAGUACCUGUGUGCCAGCAGAAACGAUUGCACCAUUGAUAAAUUCCGAAGGAAAAAUUGCCCAUCUUGUCGCCUCCGGAAAUGCUAUGAAGCAGGGAUGACUCUGGGAGCCCGGAAGCUGAAGAAACUUGGUAAUCUGAAACUACAAGAGGAAGGGGAGACUUCCAGUGCCACCAGUCCCACUGAGGAGCCAACCCAGAAGUUGACAGUGUCACAUAUUGAAGGCUAUGAGUGUCAGCCCAUCUUUCUGAAUGUCCUUGAAGCCAUUGAGCCGGGCGUGGUGUGUGCUGGACAUGACAACAACCAGCCUGACUCCUUCGCAGCCUUGCUUUCUAGCCUUAAUGAAUUGGGUGAAAGACAGCUUGUACAUGUGGUCAAGUGGGCCAAGGCCUUGCCUGGCUUCCGCAACUUGCAUGUGGAUGACCAGAUGGCAGUCAUUCAGUACUCCUGGAUGGGGCUUAUGGUGUUUGCCAUGGGCUGGCGGUCCUUCACCAAUGUCAACUCCAGGAUGCUCUACUUCGCCCCUGACCUGGUCUUCAAUGAAUACCGUAUGCACAAGUCCCGGAUGUACAGCCAGUGUGUCCGAAUGAGGCACCUCUCUCAAGAAUUUGGAUGGCUCCAGAUCACCCCCCAGGAAUUUUUGUGCAUGAAGGCACUGCUGCUGUUCAGCAUUAUUCCAGUGGAUGGGCUGAAAAAUCAAAAAUUCUUUGAUGAACUUCGAAUGAACUACAUCAAGGAACUUGAUCGUAUCAUUGCUUGCAAGAGAAAAAAUCCCACAUCCUGCUCAAGGCGCUUCUACCAGCUCACCAAGCUCCUGGACUCUGUGCAACCUAUUGCACGAGAGCUGCAUCAGUUCACUUUUGACCUGCUAAUCAAGUCCCACAUGGUGAGCGUGGACUUUCCAGAAAUGAUGGCAGAAAUCAUCUCUGUGCAAGUGCCCAAGAUUCUUUCUGGGAAAGUCAAGCCCAUCUAUUUCCACACACAGUGAAGCUUUGGAAGCCCCCAUUUUCUCACCCCACCCCACUCCCCUUUUCAGAUAUCUUCUGCCUGUUAUAACUCUGCACUACUUCUCUGCAGUGCCUUGGGGAAUUUCCUCUUUUGAUGUACCGUCUGUCAUGAAGAUGUUCCUGAGUUCUAUUUGCUGCACUUUUCCCCCUCUUUUCCUCCUUUCUCUUUUUUUCCCUUCCUAUCUGACCCUCCCAUGGCACUUUCAGACUCUGCUCCCUGCCAUGGAUGGCUCUUAUCUGUGUUUUGAAUGGUGUUGUAUUUCUUUAAAUCCGUGAUGAUCCUCAUGUGGCCCAGUGUCAAGUUGUGCUUGUUUAUAGCACUGCACUGUGUGCCAGCCACACAAACGUUUACUCACCUAAUGCCACGGGAAGUUUAGAGAGCUGAGUAUCUGGGAAAACAAAACAAACAACCCCCCUAAAACCAAAAGUCCUGUAGGGUUUUUUCCUCAUAAAAAAUAUAAAACAAACAGAAUCUCCCCCGACUCCCCAAAAGGCCAACAGUGACUAGAAUAAGGUGAAAAUUGCAAGCGCAUGGAGAAUCACUGCUUUUUUUUCCAAGUUCAGCCUCCCUGGGACACUUUAUUUUCUGCCAAUGGCUAUUGCCAUUAGAGGGCAGGAUGACCCCAGAGAUGAGUUAGGAGGGAGGAGACAGAUUUAAGAGAGGACAAAGAGGACAGAUGGAUCACCAGUACCUGCCCACAGCCUUGGCCUCUGAUGGCUAGACUCUUAACUGCAGUGCAAAUCAUUGUACUGAAAAUAUGCUUCUUGUUUGAAAAUGUGUCUGCAUGUGAACACCUCCCCUCCAGCCAGUCCUUUUUCUCACCCUCUGCCUCCACCCUCAAACUGACUUUCAAUAAGCUUUUCUAAGAGCUUUGAACUGAAUGUUCUCUUCAGCCAAAACUUGGCCACUUCCACUGAAGAAUAAGACUAAUAAGAAGGAAAGGAGAGAUCUGACCCUUUGGAAGCCCUAUCCAGAGCCAGGUCUGCUUUCCCAUUUGUUCAGGGAAGAGGCUGGGGCCGGAGUAAGAGGAAAAAGAAUCAAUGGGUUGGUUGGUUGGUUGGUU